GAAUGAAUCACGCAUACUCUCGAGACCACACUGUGCACGCCAGCCCCGCGUUAACUGCUCCGCUUGCCUAUGGCACUAUCAUCAGGUCAGCAAUAUAGGAGAGAGGUGAUGAAAUCCUCAAGAGACGCAGCGGUUCAGCAGAGAAAAGAGACAAACAUUAGGCGGGAUUGUGGCCCCCACGGCAUGGAAACAUUCGGGCAGGCGCCAUCACUUCACAGGCGGAGUACUUUCAUCAGAUACCAAUUUGAGCUUACGCGUAUACAGAUUGUCAGUCGUUGGAUCUGUUACCUUGGUCAGUUGCAAUACCUGCCAUAGAGUUAUUACCAUUGGACUCCUUGCGAGUGGCCUUCUUUCGGUCAUCGGCUGGGGUUUUUCUUUCCUUCUUCUUCAAGCCCUUUUUUUUCAAUUUCUGGAAGGGAAAGAAGGCUUUGUUUGUCUAUGUCAAAUGUGGGGAAGAGGAACGCACGAAACAAGUACAUAGGUCAACAAAGACGAGGCAUUCGCUCACCA